AUGGCCCGGGGAGGGGCGCCCCCAGCCUCCUCGUCAGGCUCCGAGCCCUUGCCCCGCCGCGCCUUGAGAAAACUGCUGUUGGUGUUGGGCUCCCUUCUCAUGUCUCUCUACGCCAGUUACUGCCUAGCCGGGGCAGCGCGCGUCCUCGCCAGGGAUCCGGCCCCGAUCCUCGUCGAGCAGGCUGAGGAGGUGGCCGGCACGCCUCGGGAUCCCUUAAUGCAAUCCCAGCCGGGGGGAGAGGGCAACAAGCGCCUUCCCCAAGCGGUGAUCGUCGGCGUGAAGAAGGGCGGCACCCGGGCGCUGCUCGAGUUUUUGCGGGUGCAUCCGGAUGUAAGGGCGGCGGGGGCCGAGCCCCACUUUUUCGACCGCAGCUAUGGCCGGGGGCUCGCUUGGUACAGGGAUUUGAUGCCAAGAACACUUGAUGGGCAGAUCACCAUGGAGAAAACUCCCAGCUACUUUGUCACCAAGGAAGCACCUGCUCGCAUCGCUGCCAUGUCAAAGGGCACAAAGCUUAUUGUGGUGGUGAGAGACCCAGUUACCAGAGCCAUUUCUGACUACACACAAACUCUGUCCAAGAAGCCUGAUAUCCCCACCUUUGAGAGCCUGACCUUCAAAAACAGGACUACGGGCCUCAUCGAUACCUCCUGGAGUGCCAUCCAGAUUGGCAUUUAUGCCAAGCAUCUGGAAAAUUGGCUCCUAUAUUUCCCCAUUGGUCAGAUUCUCUUUGUCAGUGGGGAAAGGCUAAUCAGUGACCCUGCGGGUGAGUUAGGCCGGGUCCAGGACUUCUUAGGUCUCAAAAGGAUCAUUACAGAUAAACACUUCUACUUCAACAAGACUAAAGGCUUCCCCUGCCUGAAAAAGGCAGAAGGCAGUAGCAAGCCUCAUUGCCUGGGCAAAACGAAAGGGCGGACCCAUCCGAACAUUGACCAGAAGGUGGUCCAGAGGCUACGAGAGUUCUACAGGCCUUUCAACAUGAAGUUCUACCAGAUGACUGGACAGGACUUUGGCUGGGAUUGA